AUGGCUCAGGAGGCAGCCCCCGUCCUGCUGGUUGUCCUCGCCAGGCUGGUGUCAUCCACGUGGCACGAAGGGUCCGGCUACUACACGGCUGAGAGCCACACCAAUGAAGUGUACGUGGAAGAAGCCCCCCCCGAGCCUGCCCUGGACUACCGCCGAGUGCCCCAGUGGUGUGCCACGCUCAACAUCCACCGCGGAGAGGCAACCUGCUACUCGCCCCGGGGGGGCUCCUACCGCAGCAGCCUGGGGACGCGCUGCGAGCUGAGCUGCGCCCGCGGGUACCGGCUGGUGGGGCCCAGUGCCGUCCAGUGCCUGCCCAGCCGCCACUGGUCCGGGAUGGCGUACUGCCGACAAAUCCGGUGCCACGUGCUGCCAGCGGUGCUGCGGGGCUCCUACGUGUGCUCGGCCGGCGUGCAGAUGGAUUCCCGCUGCGACUACACCUGCCUGCCUGGCUACCAGCUGGAGGGCGACCGGAGCCGCGUCUGCAUGGAGGAUGGGCGCUGGAGCGGGAGCGAGCCGAUCUGUGUAGAUAUGGAGCCUCCUAAGAUCCGCUGCCCAGACUCGCGGGAGCGGAUAGCCGAGCCAGGCAAGCUGACCGCUACCGUCUACUGGGACCCCCCCCGCGUGAAGGACUCUGCUGACGGCAUCAUCAAGAGGGUGAUGCUGCGGGGUCCGGAGCCCGGCUCCGAAUUCCCCGAAGGAGAGCACGUAAUCCGCUACACCGCCCACGACCAGGCGUACAACCGAGCCAGCUGCAAGUUCAGCGUCCGCGUCCAAGUGAGGCGCUGCCCCGUCCUGAAGCCUCCGCAGAACGGCUACCUCUCCUGCACCUCCGAUGGCAACAACUACGGGGCCACCUGCGAGUACCUGUGUGACGGGGGCUACGAGCGUCAGGGCACCUCCCUGCGCGUCUGCCAGUCCACCCAGCAGUGGACGGGCUCCCAGCCCCUUUGUGCACCCAUGCAGAUCAACACGGCCGUGAACUCGGCCGCCAGCCUGCUGGAUCAGUUCCACGAGAAACGCCGCCUCCUCGUCAUCUCGGCCCCCGACCCCUCUAACCGCUACUACAAGAUGCAGAUCUCCAUGCUGCAGCAAGCUGCCUGCGGGCUGGACCUGCGUCACGUCACCACCGUCGAGCUGGUGGGGCAGCCCCCGAACGAGGUGGGACGUAUCCGGGAGCACCAGCUGUCCCUUGGCAUCAUCGAGGAGCUCAGGCAGUUCCUGCACCUCACACGUUCCCACUUCAACGCGGUGCUGCUGGACAAGGCGGGCGCCGACCGCGAGCGCUACAUCACCCCGAUCAGCCCCGACGAGCUCUUCGUCUUCAUCGACACCUACCUGCUGAGCGAGCGGGAGGCGGCACGGCGGGCGCAGAGCGGGGACCCCUGCGAGUGA